ACCACUGGUUAGUGAUUCGAGUACAAGGAACUUGAUCCCAGUGUGUGUUCAUAUGCUGCUCAGAGUCAACAGAGGAGCGCCAGAUCCUUGGCUGCUUGCUGACGCUCUUCAGGAUGGUUUCUGGCAGAAUAAUUAAGCUGGUGUUUUUUGAGCUUCUUGAGUUUGCUGCCUUCUCCGUUCCUACCCUUGUGAUGAUGGAACAGUUUGCUGCUUCAUAUCAAAACAUAAUGAACAGAGCUGACAGGACGCACUAUUGGCUCAUUGUUUCCUGCUCCAUCGCCUAUGUGGCUGCAGUGAGUCUCUUGAUCUGGGUUCCGAUAAAAGUUAUCUUAUUCAAGAAGCGGCAUCUUUACAAAAAAAUUGUAGGAUGGAGACCUGUUCUGAUGAUGUGUGUGGUGCUCACCACUCUUCCCAGCUUCAGCUUUUCCAUAGCAGUCACCGAGAUUCAAAAGAAUGCCACCGGAUCAGUUUCAGUUUCAUCGUCUGAUGUCUUGCUUGACCUGCCAGUGUCUCUGAUUCUAUUAUCCCUGAUCAUUGUUGACAUUAUUGAGAGACUCAGGAUAUAUCCUCUAAGAGGGCGUCAAAUGAGUAAUGAAGACAAAGACAACCACAUAACAUCUUUGCAGCAGAUAAAAACCGUGACAGAACAGGUGGGACGUGGUGAUGAGAACUCUGCACCUGCCCAGACAGCCAAGCCCACCAUGAUGUCCUUACCUCCCACCAACAUGGCUGCGUUGGCGGGGCCCAUAGAGCCCUCCUUUGACUCUGGGAUCCGGAGGACGAUGUCUCACCGAGAUGUCCGGUCCGAGCUGUUCCUGCGAAGCUUCCUCACAUGGUCGGACACUAUAGAAAUGAUGCGUGUGGCUGGGCUCCCAGCCGUGUACCAGUCAGGCUGGGUGUACCCGGUCUACAUAUUCAGUUUUAUAUCUCUCCUUCGAAUGAUCUUCACACCUAAGAACCCUCUUCUCAGCUCCCUGGGGGUCCUGCUGCAGGAUAUCCCCUUCUUUUUCCUCAGACUCAGCAUAAUCGUAUCCCUGGGGAGUAUCACGCCAGUACUGGGCCUUUUUAAAAACAUCCUAGUGACUCUCUCCUAUAUUUACUUCAACCACUUAACCAAGCUCAGGCCUUUCUCAGCCUUUGAAACCUCUCCGUUUUAAGCAGCAAAUGUUAAGAGUAAGUCCUCUUGAUUGUAAAGUCUUUCCAGGCGUAAGCGGUUGCACCAUAUAGAAUUAACCACUUCCAAACUGUAGACACAUAUAAAUGGUGCUAAAUUUAAGCAAAGUCGUAUUCUUCCAGAUUGCCUCUUCCAGGCUUCUAGAAACCUUAGUCGUUGAUUUUAGUCAUGUCUAUCCCAGUUUUUGCCUUAGUAAAGUAGUGGGAACCGUGAGCUAGUUUAGGAAUGAGAUUUUUAUCACAUGUACAUCAAAGAACAUUUUAUGGCUUAAUAUGGCUUAAUUAACUGAAAUUAUUUAAAAAAAAACCCUGAAGAUAUUGAAUAGACUUUAGAGUUUGCUUGAAAAUCUGAAAACUGUAGCUUUAGAGUCUCCUUCAAAACAUCUAAUUACUCUCCUCCACCACCCCGUGUGUGUGUGUGUGUGUGUGUGUGUGUGUGUGUGUGUGUGUUGUUUUCAGCAGUGAGGAUUGAACCAGUGCACUGGGCACACUAUUUUCGCGCUCUACCAAUGAGCUGCAUUUUUAGCCUUAGAAAUAUAUUGUUUUUUUUGCCCUACUACAGUGACCUCUACUCAACUCAUUGUGUAAAAAACCAAAAACCAAAAAAUCACAGAAAACAGGGAACUUCAGCUGAGACCAGCACAGCAGGGCUUCAUAAAGGCCUCUCAGGCUGGUAUGCAGGGCAGGGCUUCCGUGUUGAGUGUAAUGGAGACAAGGUGCACUGUGAUUCCUAGAUAAAGUUUAUAAUGGAAACCAUAAACUGAAGACAAAGUGUAAAUAGGCGAUAUUUAAGGAAUUUGAUGCCGUCAUAAAAAAAUCAAGUCCAAUCUAUAUUGAAAAUGACAGCUUGAACUUAGCGCGGUGGGAAAGGUGUGUUAUCUUGCACUAGGUCAUAAAUAUCUUUGUGCCUUAUGAUCAUGAUGCAGUCAUGAGCUCCGCACAUGCUGUGCUGGCACAGAUGUCGUAGCCACAGCAGAGGGGCUCGGUUCCGAGAGGGUUGUGAGAGGGUUGGUUAUGUGUGCAGGGCAACGACUCACGUCACCAUCUCCUCCUUGAUCCAUGGAAACAAGAAGCUUAUGAAUACAUGGAUAAUCUGAGUGGUCCUGGCCUCUGCACCAAGGCCUAUGUGCACUUUGUUCCAAAGUGUCCCAUGGUUAUCACACUGCAGAACAAGUCUACUUAAAAUUAUUAAGCCUUCCUUGCCCUCUCUGCCAUCUGGGGCUGGUUCCUUGAGUGUUAUCCUUGAAUAGAUGAACACAAUAUAAUUACUCCUGUAACCGUGUUGGGUGAUUGUAGGAUUUGGAGCACUCUCAACACAGUGUUUGGCAAACAAUAACACCUUAAUGGAUGCUAAGCCUUUAAUGGGACUAUCCCCCAUCCCUGCCCACUCUCUGGGAAUAAUAGUUUAUACCUAGCGUUUCUGAGACAUACCAUGUAAGAGCUUACAUAUGAGAACCUGGCCACUAGUUCUUUUUAAUCAGUUACUCUUGUAGUCAAUUGUGAAUGAUCUGUUAAAUAAUUAGAUGAAAGUGAGUGUGAGAAUUCGUUCUUCCAUUUGAACAGAACUUCUAUGAGUUUUCAAAUAAUCCAGACUAUGAUACUUUGUUUCUUUCUUUCCUUUUCAUGUUUUAUUUUGGAGUCAGGGUCUCAGUAUGUAGCCCAGGCUGUUCUAAACUCACUGUGUAACUCAGCUUAUAUGAACUCUCCCCACCCUCCUGCCUCCACCUCCCCAAUGCUAGAAUUACAAGUAUGUGCCAUCCACCCAACACAGGGUCCUUUUAUUUUGCAUUGCUGAGGAUUAAACACAGUCUCUCCAGCUCACCAGUACCAUAUAAGCCAUCUGUCACUAAACCAAACCCCUAGAUUGCACUUUUUGUUAUUGAAAGCAUUUGAUUAUAUAUUUACUUUUCUUGGUUCCUCAUUAACUUGUCAAACUUGUAAGAGAAAGCCUGAGAGUGACAUGGUUAGCCACACCUCUAUCUCCACCAAUAUUUCUAACAUAAAAUGCAUACUAUAUUAUCUUUUAAAAGUAAGAGAAGCCUAUCACCAAGUGACUAAUUUACAAUAUCCGUGAAUGUGAAACUCAUUAUAUCAAUGUAUAUAUAUCUUUAAUUUGUAAAAAUACAGUGAAUGGCACUCAGCACACUCUGAAGUAUACCAUGAACUUAACCUGCACUUUGUAUCUGACAGUUGAACAUGAAUACGCCUGAUGUCUGCGGGUGUUGGCAAUCCUUGAUACAGACAAUGAAGGCAUGGACAACAGGUCAUGUAAGGCAGGAAAAGCCUUGAAUCUCUAACCUAACUGAGUGUAUAGAUGUUUAUAAAGUUCAAGUCUAUGGUAUUUAAGAGACAUUACAAGAAAUUAUGCUAUAUUAUUGAUAGUUCUAUACUAUGUAAUUAAAACCUAUAUUAUUAAACUAUACUGUAAUUUUCAUAGCUUUUAUAGUUGUUGGUAUUAAGGUUUUGUGUCCUAAUAAAAAGCUUAAUUUCUGCUGUAAAGUGUGAAUGCCAGAUCAGUGCUAGACUAUAUAGUAUUUUACUCCAAAUAAAACCUGGAGCUGUGUGAUAA